CGCUGCCUGGGCUGCUUCCUCUCCGACUCUGCCCAUCCCUCCCAUCCACCUCAACAGCCGCGAUGAGAGUGAUCCCCGCUGCCGUCGCUGUCGUCCUGCUGGCCAGCAGCUCGGCGCUCGCUCAGUGCACCGUGCGCCAGGAGUGGCGAGACAUGACUCCCGCCCAGCAAGCCGCCUAUCUGAAUGCCGUCAAGGUGCUCAAGUCCAGACCAAUGGGCGGCACCGUCUCCAACCCGGCAUCGAUGGGCUGGGACGACAUGGUCAAGCUGCACUGGGACUACAUGAACAUUGCCCACUCGCAGCCUCUGUUCUGGCCUUGGCACAGAAUGAUCAUGCUUCAGUUCGAAUCUGUCAUCCGCAGUGUCGACCCCACUAUCAGCGUGCCCUACUGGGACUGGACCGUGGACUCUCAGAACUUUGCUGCCUCGCCCAUCCUGACUCCAUCGGCUUUCGGCGGAAACGGACAGGGUCCCAGUUUCUGCGUCCUGGACGGCGUUGCCGGCGGAUGGGUCAACAACCCCGCCGGUCCCUGGAACAACGGUGGCUCCGCUGGAUACCGUAACUUUGACCGGCAGAGCGUCGCCAACGCCAGCUGCCUCUCCCGCAACUUUGUUGCCAACGCCCCGCUCGCCUCGGCCGAAGCCGUCGGCAACUUCCUGAUCACCCUCAACACCUACGACGACGUCCACACUGCGAUCGAGGGCAGCCCACAUGCCGCUGUGCACGGCUUCCUCGGCGGCAGCGUUGGCGAUCUUGCCCAGCUGUACUCCACCAACGAUCCCAUCUUCUUCCUGCACCACGGAUUUAUCGACAAGAUCUGGGCUCGAUGGCAGGGUCUCUGCCCUGCUUACUUGCGCAGCUAUGGCGGCAGCACCACCCUUGGCAGCGGCCAAAAGGUGACUGCCCUGGUCACCGACAGCAUCGAUCCUUGGCCUCUCACCGUCAAUGACGUUAUGGACAUCAGCAACAUCCAGGGCAAAUGCUACUCUUACAGCAAAUCGCAAUCCCUCGAUGCAUUCCUGACUGCCAACGCAGCUCAGGUCAAGUGUCCCGCCGUCGGAAGCAACUCCACCAGCGGCACAACGCCAGCUUCGUCGGAUCCCGCUCAGCUCUGGUUCCAGAAUGCCCUGCUUCAGCUGAUUCCUCCUCCCUCCGGUGCGAAGUUUGUCAAGCGUGAUGGCGCCCCUGAAUAUGGCUACCCAACCAACAAUACCGCCUCCUCGGCUUCGGCUUCGGCUUCGGCUUCGGCUUCGGCUUCGGCUUCGGCUUCGGCUUCGGCUUCGGCUUCGGCUUCGGCUUCGGCUUCGGCUUCGGCUUCGGCUUCGGCUUCGGCUUCGGCUUCGGCUUCGGCUUCGGCUUCGGCUUCUCCGUCUGCCCCCGGGUACUCGACUGUCAGUGCUCCGAGCAGCUCCGCGGGCAAUGCCACCUCGAGCAUUGGAUACAGCUCGGCCACCAAUGCUACCGCAACCCCGUACGCCAACUCUACUGCCACCUCGGCCGUCAACGCUACCAUCACCUCGUACGCCAACGCCACUUCCACGUCCUCCAUCAAUGCCACCGUCACCUCCUCAGUCAAUGCCACUGCCACCGGCCACGGAUACAACACCACCGUCGUGUCGUCGCUGAAUGCCACCCUCACGGCCACCCCCACCUCCAAUGCAACUGUGCCUUCGUACAGCAUCAGCGCCACCACAUCCUCCGUCCCGACAAGCAGCGUCACGUCCCUGCCGAUCCCCACCUACAGCCCCCUGCCCACCAUUACUGUCCUGGCCCCUCCGGCCAACGACACCAAGGAUCUUAUCCACUGUCGCCAUCCGCUCCCCAUUCCCGACAGCUACAUCCAGAUGAUGAAGCUCGAUCCUUACCAGGUCCGUCGCUACGAAGUCAUCCAGAAGCACGUUAUCGAUCGCUACAACAACAUCCCCGGCUACGUCUCCCCGUCUGCCCUCAAGCACAACCCUGCUUACGCCAAGCCCAAGUGCGGAGGCCACAAGAACACCACCACUACCACCCAGUGAUUCUGCCCGCUUUGCCGACUGUUUCAAUAGAGGGAGCAUGCUGGGAUGGGCGACUGUCUCCUCCCAAGCAUGUCGCUACGUUCAGUAACCUGGCACUUUCUCCUUUGUGGUUACACCACUCGUUUCUUUGAAGCAAUUUGUCUGCCUCCA